CUUUAUAACACUCUGACGUUUACGUCUGUGAAUUUGUGACUGAAUCUAACUUUUGCAUUUCGUUUUCUAUUUGUAUGAAAUCUUUCAAUUUUGACAACAAAUCAUACAUGAUACAUGUGAUUCUAUGUCUCUCAACGAGUAUAGUAAUUAUUGAUUCUAAAUUCGUUUAUUAGUCCUGACGUAAUAUUUUUUAUAUAUUAAAUAUUGUUUUACAAUCGUGUAUUAAGACGCUGCAUAAUUAUACUUUAAAACUGAACACUAGAACAUAGGUAACUAUAGUGUCUACAGAUCAUACGAAAGCUGUUGUUUACUUCUACAGUUAUUGGUGUUAUGAUGGCUACUAAAUUCUAUUUAGUGUGUGCAUUUUUAUGCCUUGUUCCAAUUAUUUACGCGUGCAAUGAAGCAAUAUGCGCGAGUGUAGUGUCCAAAUGCAUGUUAACACAAUCAUGUAAAUGUGAUCUGAAGGACUGCUCCUGCUGCAAAGAUUGCUUCAACUGCCUCAAUUACUUAUAUGAAGAAUGCUGUAGUUGUGUGGAUAUGUGUCCAAAACCAAAUGAUACACACACAGAGCUGUCCAAAUCUUCUUAUGUGGAAGAACUGGUUGACGGUGUGCCUGGGCUCUUCUCGGCAUUAACAAGUGAAGCUGAUCCUCGUGAGAGGUGGUUGUCUAUAACUUACCCGGUGGACUUUGACUUGUCAAAAUUCCGGCCGGCUUCUGAGAAGCAAGUGGUGUAUCACUUACAGAGUUUAGAACAAGACCCUGAACCAAUAAGCCGUGACAUCCUCACACUGAACUGCACAGUUGCGUAUAUGUCGCAGUGCAUGUCCAGUGAGAAAUGCCGCGCCUCCUGUCGCUCCAUGGGUGCCAAUAGUUUACGAUGGUUCCACGACGGAUGCUGUGAAUGUAUUGGCGAGAAGUGUUUGUAUUAUGGCAUCAAUGAAAGCAGAUGUCUGGCAUGUCCUAACAGCAAGGGAUCACCGAAUCUCAUUUUGGAUGACGACCUCAAUUACGACGAUCUUGAUUACGGCGAGGAAGUUGACACGCAGUCCGUCUAACAUUCCUUAUAAUAUUAACCUUUUCAUUUAUACUGAAACCGUAAAUCCAUAAAUUUAUGUACUAUGAUACUCGCCUAAAUGGGUUUACGAAGCAUGCUUUCACUUAUUUCUGCAGUAAUAUAAUAAAAAACAUACAUAACGUAUAGAGUAGUCAGAAGCAUCGUCUUUCUAAUUUUCAACGUCGUGGUGAAUGUAAAGCUUGACAUGCUAAGAUUAAGCUGUGUUUUAAUUUGACCUAGUCUGGCAGAAGACGA